AUUCAAAUUUCAAAAAAAACCUCUAUCCUAAAGUCCCCGCAUAGCAGACACCCAAUCAUCCGCUAGACUACUAUGAUCCGCCAGCCACACACACAACACAAUCCUACUAUAUAGAGCUUACCCCACCAUAAGCAAGGCCAUGAACUACACAUGAAUCCCAACAAGCCAAUUCCCCAAACACUCCCUCUCUCCCCACUCCACCAUGUCUCCCCUAGCAGCCAAGACGAUCCCUCGCCCCGGCCACCUCCCCAACACCACAUCCGACGCCCAACAGGUCUUCCAAGUCCUCCAAUCCGGCGGCAUCGUGAUCGUCCCCACCGAAGUCGGCUACGGCCUAAUGGCCUCGUCCGUAGAGGCGAUCGAGAAAGCCUUUACCGCCAAACAGCGCCGUCCCGGCCACCCCCACGGCCUAAUCGGAUCCUACGAGCUUCACCAAGAACUGCACAUCCUCGAACCCGAGAAAUUCCACAUGACCCGUGUCCUCACCCAGGACCUCGACAUGGGUGUGGGUAUCGUGGCACCCUACAACCCAGACCACCCCAUCAUGGCCAAUUUCACUCCGCAAACCCUCGCCAACAUCGUCAAGAAUGGGAAAAUCGGGAUGUUUGUGGGCGGGGGGUCCUUGAACCGGGAGAUCUGUCGGUUGAAUUAUGAGGCGGGGCAGGUGAUGGUGGGGUCGAGUGCCAAUCUAACGGGGCGUGGGCAGAAGUUUCGCGUCGAGGAUAUCGAGGACGAGAUUAAGGAGGUGGCGGAUUUGAUUGUGGAUUAUGGGUUGCAGAGGUAUCAUGUAUAUGGGCGGGCGUCGAUCUUGGUGGAUUUUGAGGAGAUGAAGGUGCUUCGGAUGGGGUCGUGUUAUGAGUUGUUUAGAGAGAGGAUGAGCAGGUUCUGGGGUGUGGAGUUGCCUGAGGAUCCGGUGUAUAAAUAGGACUUAGUUGGCUGGGAGGUGAGAUAGAAUAGAUCUUUGAUGUUUUAACGGCGGAUGAGAGACCCAAAAUGCAUUGGCUGUCUUGGCCAUGAGAAGGAUAAUGAGAGCCGUGAAUCCGAUUGCUGAAUCACAUUCAGCACGACCAAACUCUGCCGUGUGUCAGCUUUAGGGAGUUUGGCAUCAUCUUCGGACCUGCAUCUGAACGCCGGCCAGGCGAUACAUUUCUGGAGUGGAG